UUCUCUCUCUCUCUCUCUCUCUCUCGAUAUUUUUCAGGAAACCGUCCUGGGUGAAUGCCUCAUCUUCGUCAGGUUGACGCAGGAUGUUCUCAACUUUGUUAAAGCCAUCGCUUGCCCGUCCUCUUCUUCCAAUCCCUUUACUGGAGAGGCCUUCAUUGGGUCGUCUUCGGCUGGUUAAGUCGGAUUCCUCCAGAAUUUUUGCGAGGCUUCAGGGUGGGUACAGAGGUCCAGUUCCAAAGAAGGAUUGGAUUGUCGAAUGGGUUUUGAGUAACGGAGAUGCUGUUCGCAGCCUCCCAAUAUAUGUUGGUGGGUUCUCCCUCGUUGCUGUUCUUCUCAACCGUACAGCUUCACUCGUCGCCCCUGUGAUCGAUGCUAGCAGUUCGCAGUCAAGAACAGACAUAUUAGCUCUUGCAUUGGCUGUCACUAAUAUUCUCACUGGCCUGGUCUGGUUGUCAAUUCGGCCAAAAUAUGUACCUCAGGUGAUUCCUCAAGGUGUUCAAUGUCGAAAAAUGUUGCCUGACUUACCACCUUCUAUAGAAGCUGAGGUUCUAUGGCUAUGGAAAAGCCUUGAGGAUGUAACAUGUUGUCGAUCAUUAGUUAUAGUUUAUAAAAACACUUGUGUGCUUCAAAUUGGUGUGGCAGCUGAAUCUUCUGCAAAAGAGGGGGAUAUUGUCAUUGUAGAUGCUGAAAAGUUUGUUCAAUGUUCCAUCUAUGAAAGUGUCAAGAAAUCUCUGAAGCAGAUUUAUUUGGCAAAUCUUUCUCUUUACCCAGGAAGGUCUGAAUUCCCGUUUCUACCACCAAAUACCCAGGCACUCAUUUUGCAGCCAAUUGGUGAAAAAGGAAUGAUGGUCAUAGGUGGAGACAUGAUUAGAGGAUUCACCGGUGCUGAUCAGUCAUGGAUUACCCUACUUGGUGAAAAAUUAGAUGCGACAUUUUCAAAAGCAUGGGCUGAUAGUUCUAUUCCAGUUGAAAGAUGAAGCGGCAUCAUAUUACUUGUGGUUUCUGUGCAUAAAAGAUCCUUGUUCAGUUAAUCCCUUUGCCUACAAAGAGCAAACUGUAUCACAGUUACUCCAGAAAAGAUCUUCAUUCGACAAUGCCCAUGUAGCAAGCUCUUUCAAGUUUCAUCCGCUGACAAGGUCCAUUGUCAUCAGGAUGUUUCUUACAACUAGGGAUCUUUGAUCAGUAUUUUUUAGUUUCUACCUGAUGAGAAAUUGAACCUUGAGAUUCUCCACUUGUUUCUGAUGUAACUUGUUUCACUGUUUCAAAUCUCUUACAUGGAAACUAAAAGUAGAGCAGGGAGUCGCAUUCCCAGCA